AGCCCUGCCAGAAGGGUAGCGAGCCCCUCUAACAUAAACCUGAACCAAGGGGUCAUAAUCCCCUUGGACAGUCCCUACGAUUCGACUGAUUAUAUUUACUUAAAUAACUGAGUCUAUGGGCCUGAAGUUGUCCAUUGGGAACACUUCAACCCCGAACCAAAAUUUAUUUGUUUCAACAUAAACCAAUUUAAGUAUUUACAUAGCGAUAAUUUUCCAUGAGAAAAUUGUUCGAUAGUCUUUCUUGACAAAUUGUUCUUAAAUAGUCCUUGCAUAACAUUAGUUGGUACCCAUACAAUGCACCAGAUUUCUUUCUCGUUGGGUUUUGGCACUUCCUUCGACUUAAGGUUUCCAUGUGGUUUGCCUUGGUUAGGCUUGUCCCCGUGUAAUGCAGUAGGGUGUACCUCGCCACAUGAACGAUAGUUCUUUUUCCGCCUGCACGAACGAUUAUUGUGACCCCAUUUGAAACAUCCCUAACAAAGACGUUUCGAAAUAAUAAAUGCCCGUCUAUUUGGUAUAGAAAUCUCCAGGAAUUUGACACACGUAUCGAGUUCAUGUUCUUCCUUACAAUAACUGCAUCUCGGUUUUGAUUUUACGAUGUCUUGUUGAUUAACUUGCUCGUUGGUCUGUCUACCCCUUUGCUCCUCAUUGCUACCAGUAGCAAAACUCAUAGCUCCAAUACCACCCGAUUUAGGAAUCCAUUUUCUCUUAUUGAGAUUGGACGUUUCCUCGCUCUUUAAGGAUCGCUGGCUUGUGACGGGAUGACAGGCGAUUCUUGCUUCAGUUGUCAGGAAACGACAGAACUGGCAACGCAUCAUGGCAAACAAUCGAGCUAGUUGCCUUCACAGGGACCUUUUCAAAAAGAUUUGGCCAUUAUAUCGCGGAAGGCGUGCUGGAAAAUUGGUAAAAUUGAGGGAAACUCAACGUCGCUACACAAUAAGAUCAAUUCAACCGGGAGCGCUCAACCGUGCGACAACAACAUCGUCCUUUCCAAGUAUACUAAGGUGCCACAACCCAGUAAACUGUAUUAACAUUACCCCAAUGACAAAGACAAAGUCAAAUGAGAUCAGUAGGAGGAAAGGGUCAGAAAGAGUAUUUGUGCCAAGCUUUUUGCUCUCUAAUGUUCAAUCUUUGGCACCAAAAGUAGACGAAGUUCAACACUGUAUUAGCAAUGCAAAUUUAGAUCUUGCUUGUUUGACUGAGACAUGGCUUAAAGACCACAUUCAAGACUCUGUGGUCGCUAUCAAUGGCUAUAAUCUGAUUCGUCUUGAUAGGAGGUCGGCUGAUCACGGCGGUGUGUGUAUGUACAUCAAGAAUUCCAUCAAAUAUUCCGUACUUCACGACUUACUUGACCCAGUUUUUGAAGUUCUUUGGGUUAAAAUCCAGCCAACUCAUCUCCCAAGAGGAAUCAGCACUAUUGUUGUGGGAGUGCUUUACCAUCCGCCUCGCGCAGACAAUGCAUCCAUGCUUAAUUAUUUGAUUGAAAAACUCACAUUAAUUGAAUCCCAGCACGCCAACUGUGGAGUAAUUAUGCUCGGCGAUUUCAAUCAUCUUAGACAUGUCAUUAAUAAACUAAACCAUAUCUUUAACCUGAAACAAAUCGUGCCGUUUGCAACCAGAGGUUCCAACAAACUGGACUUAAUUCUAACUAACCUUCAGAAUUUCUACAAUACACCAGUAAAGCGUCCCAACUUCGGUCUAUCUGAUCACGCAACUGUUGAAGUCCAACCAAAACAACGUGUCCAACUUCCAAGAGGGCAGAUAACUGUCAAAAAAAGAGAUCUGCGUCCAAGCAGCCGCUUCGCUAUGCGGUUGUACCUCCAACAAGUCGACGUACCAAGCCUCCUCGGGACUGUGGAGACCUGCACGGAGAAAGUCUCACUACUUGAUACUAUUAUAAAGACGGGAUUAGACUCAGUUCUUCCUCUACGAUCCAAAACCAUCCAUUCAAGCGAACCACCCUGGAUGAACCCAUCACUUAAGAACCUUAUUAAAAGACGCCAGUGCGCAUUAGCAAAUAGUAAUAUGGUCACCUUUCGACUUCUGAGAAACCGAGUUAACCGAGAACGAAAGAUUUGCCGGGAAAAGUACUAUAAAGCUAAGGUCAGUCAUUUGAAUGAGUGCAAGCCUUCCCUAUGGUGGAAGGAGGUUAAAAAGCUAAGCGGCAUGACAUCUGCCUCAGAAAGGCGGGACGAUUCCACCAAGUUGCUACAUCAGCUAGGAGCACACGACAUGUUAGAACUGGCGAAUAACAUCAACGAUGCCUUUCUAUCUCCAAUGCGCGACUUCGUGCCAUUUCUAUCUAACUUCCAGCCAGUACAAGGCCCGGUUAAUGACCCUGUGGUGACGUCACUGAUAGUUUCAUCCUACUCAGUUUAUAAGAAAUUAUCGAGUUUGAACUCCAGCAAAGCACAAGGCCCUGAUAAUAUCCCGGCCUGGUUACUCAAACAGAACGCUGAUCUAUUGGCUAACCCUGUUUCAGACAUCCUUAACAGCUCCUAUUGCGAAGGCUGCCUCCCUCCUUCCUGGAAAACAGCUGACAUAGUGCCAAUCCCAAAGAAAAACCCACCAAAGGACAUAAACAAAGACCUGCGUCCAAUUUCACUGACACCAAUUACGUCCAAAAUUGCAGAAGAAUUUGUCGUCGAGGAACAUGUGAAACCAGCGAUUUUGGCCAAGAUCAAGAAAAACCAAUUCGGCGCCAUCCCCAAGUCCUCCACAACAUUUGCUCUUAUCACCAUGUUCCAUAAAUGGACAAACGAUACUGACGGAAAUGGCGCCACUACAAGAGUUGUCCUCUUCGAUUUUCGCAAGGCUUUUGAUCUCAUCGAUCAUAAUAUUCUUGCCACGAAACUCGUGACCUUAAAUAUCCCUCAUAAGGUCGAAUGUUGGAUCAUAGACUUCCUUAAACACCGUAAACAGUGAGUCAAAUUGGCGGAUGACUGCAAAUCAGAAUGGAGGGAUAUUCCAGCAGGUGUUCCACAGGGGACCAAGUUGGGGCCGUGGCUUUUUCUACUAAUGAUCGAUGACAUUGACAUCGCUAACACUGAUAUGUGGAAGUUUGUGGACGACACCACUAUGUCCGAGUGUGUGGAGAAAGGCAAUGCGAGCACGAUCCAAAAUGCAGUGACUGAGUUCUCAGAUAAGGUUCAUGCUAACAAGUUCCAAAUGAACGAGGCAAAAUGUAAAGAGCUCAGGAUUUCAUUUGCUAGGACCAAUCCCCAAUUCGAUUCGGUGAUCGUCAAUGAAAAGCCACUGGAGAUUGUUCAACACGCAAAGCUGCUGGGCCUGAAUAUAUCGAGCGACUUAAAAUGGAACUUCCAUGUAUCAGAAACAACCAAGAAGGUUGCACCUCGUUUCUAUUUCUUGAGACAACUCAAAAGAGCAGCCAUUCCAACUAAGGAACUUCUGAAAUUUUAUACUACCUGUAUUCGCCCGAUCUUUGAAUAUGCAUGCCCAGUUUAUCACAACUCGCUACCCAAGUACCUAUCAGACGACAUUGAAAGGCUGCAGAAGAGAGCUCUAAGAAUAAUCUACCCUUGGAUGCCUUACACUGAUUCCCUCGAAGAAAGCGGUCUGCCUCGCCUCUUCGAACGCAGGCAGCUCUUGACGUGCAAGUUGUUUAAUGAGAUCACUCGAGAUCAAUCCCACAAACUCAUAUCUCUACUACCAUCUGAAAAUAACCGUUCAUACCAACUGAGACGUAAAAGGCAACUUAACGUUCCAAGGGCCAAAACUGAUCGGUUUAUGAAUUCUUUUAUUGUUAGUAAUUGUAAAUAUUUUUAAUCAUUAGGUUUCUUAAAUUUUUAUAAUUGUAAAGUUUUAACACAAUUCAGCCAUUAUCAGCUGUAAAGUCUUUUAAAACUGAAUAAAUCAUCUAUCUAUCUAUCUAUCUAUCUAUCUAUCUAUCUAUCUAUCUAUCUAUCUAUCUAUCUGACUCAUCACUCUCUUCAUCUGGGCCUACUUCAGAAUCAUCACUUGUGGAUUUGUCGACUAUUCUAUGGUGGCCCAUCAUUAUCACCGCUAUUUUCAGGAAUAUUUUGCACAUUUUAUGUUAUUUUAAUUAUUGUUUUCUUUAUAAAAUUGAAAAUAACUUGAAUAUGUAUGACAAAUUGGAAUUGAUUAUUAUUUCGAUUUGAGAAAAAAAUUAUUUACAAAUGUAUAAUAAUAUUAAUUAUAAGUUGUAAUUCAAAUUAUUUAUUAUUUUAAAUUUUAAAAAAAAAUAUUAAAAAUGCAACAGUUUAAAGAAAUAAAUUAAAAUUUAAUUGAUAACGCUGGGCCGUCAGCCCGUUCGAUUUUUCGAUUUUUUUUUUCGAACGGCCCAGCGUUAUCAAUUCACUCCGUAAAGACUGGGUUCUAAUUUAAUUUCCCGCCAUUUUGGCCGCCAUGUUGUGCUAUAGUAUGCUAGUAUUUGCUAUAAAUUAAAUAGUAAAUUUAUCGUCAAUGCGCUCAACACUGCUGCAGCAGCAGUGCUGCUUGUUUGUUUUUAAUAAAUACUUGUACAGUAUUUAUGGCUGGAAAUAUCGACUGGAAGGAUAAUGCUGAGCUUCAGCACGACUUGAAGAGUUAUGUUCGUCAAAAUUUACGACGAUCUGAAGUACUUGAUUUUGUACGACGUGAUUAUUCGCAGUAUUCAUGGAGUCUUGCUACUCUUGAUAGACGUCUUCGUUACUUUGAUAUUCACUAUAUUGAUUAUGAUACUCCACUUGCUGUGGUAGCAGAUGCUGUACAAAAAGAAUUGGAUGGGCCUGGACGACUUUUGGGCUAUAGAGCCAUGAACCAAAAACUGCGAACAGAACACAAAGUACAAGUGCCAAGACAUCUAGUCCAUAAUAUGAUGGCAAACUUAGACCCAGCAGGUCUAGAGGCAAGAAACCUUCAAAAGAAAAGGAAAAAGCCAAAAGGACACUUUACUUCGGCAGGUCCAUUGUGGGUAGUGUCGUUAGAUGGACAUGACAAGCUAUGCGGUUACCAAAACUGGACAUUUCCUCUUGGCAUAUAUGGAUGUAUUGAUACUUUUUCUCGAAAGAUUUUGUUUCUAUUUGUAUGCACUUCGAACUCAAAUCCUUUUGUGGUGGGUAAGAUGUACCUUCGACAUCUGUUCGAAACAAAGGCCCUUCCUAGGUAUCUGAGAAUUGACAGAGGAACUGAAACUGGUAAGAUGGCUACUAUUCACACAUAUCUCAUAAACAAAUCUGGAAUUAUGAAUGACCCUACAGAUUCUGUGAUAUAUGGUCCAUCAACAAGCAAUAAGAUAGAGCGGUGGUGGCGGGAUUUGCAUGAAAGGUUAGAGAAGUUCUUUAAACAACAGUUAACAGUCCUACUACAAAGACGACAAUACAAUCCAUUCUUCUCACAUGAUCGCCAAUUGCUUGCCUACGUUUAUGUGCCUAUUGUUCAAAGGGAAUGUACUAAUUUUGUUAAUUACUGGAAUUCACAUAGAAUACGUGCCCAAGAUAAGUUGGAAAUUCCUACUGGCAUACCUAACCACAUGUUUGCUUUCCCUGAGAAUUAUGGAGCCACUAAUGAAAGCAUUGAUUUGUCAGAUGACGACAUUCAGGAUGUUGCUGAAGUUUCUGGUGUGAUGGAUGAAGAACACAUAGUUAAUUUCAUUGAUCCAGAUACAAAGCAACAAUGUGUGGGACUGAUCCCAAAUCCUGAGAAAAUUGAAGCUAAGAAUGCAAUUGAAGCUUAUCGAUUUCUUAAGCAAAACAUUCCUGAUCCUCCAGGAACAUGAAGUUACUAUUAAGACAUUUUCAGGGGUUACAUAUACAUGUAGUAUAAACCAAUACUUAUAUCUUUGAGUGAUGUGCAUAAAAUGUACAUACACUGUACAUACACACAGUUGCAAAUUAUUUCAAUUUAUUUACUGUGCAGAGGCUAGUUUUAGUCUUAUUGAAAUCAAACUAGGCAUUGUUCUCAUUUUACACUUUGUGUUAUUGAUACUGUGAUACACAGUGCAGGAAAAUUAGUUACAUGUUUUCAGUAAGUUGGUAAUGCUACUAAUUCAGCAACUGGUCUUGCUAUGCAUUAUGAAACCUAGUUUGGAAAUGUAUUGCCUCCAGACAAUCUUAGUGCAUGCUUACUCAAGUAGCAAAAUAUCACUAGUUUCCAUGGGUAGCUUCACAAACAGACCUUAGAAGUGCUUGUCACGCCAGUGCCAAACAAUGAAUUGCAAUAUGUAAUGUGGGACACAUGUAAGAAAAUAAACCUAAUGUUUGUAUUGGUUCAAAAAUGUGUGAUAUAAGCACUUCUAAGGUGUAUUAUGCCCUCAUGCAACCCACCUCAUUGGUGCUUCCAAUAAUAAAAGUAAAGGAAGGUAAAACAUGCCUUUGCUUUGCUAAUGGUAAAAUAUGCUCACUUCAAAAGGGGAAGCUACCUUAUAGUUAUUUGGCAGUGGUAAUAAUAAGAAUAAUACUCAUGAAACUGGGUGUCUUGUUGCAUGUUCUACUUUCCUCAGGUUAAGUUAUACACUUUGGCAAAACAAAUUUCAGAUGUUCCUUCCAGUUUCUAGAGGACCCCCUUAAUUUAUACUCUGUUCAUGAUCAGAAUUUUAUAGUACGUGAAUAUUUUUCAAGUUUUAAGUAAGAAGUAUAUAUGUCCUGAUGAUCCUACUUUAAUAUCAUUUUACUCAGUCUAACACCAGAGAUUUUACUUGUCAUGGGGAGAGCAUUGCCACUCAAUGGAUUAACUUUAUAAAUUCCAAUCAGAAUUUAAAAUUAGCAGUAUCCAGAUGAUAACAAUUUUGAAUUUUGGAUACCAAAUGUUGAAAUCUUGGUAUCCUAUUUGGACACCCAAAAGGUUCACAGCAAAGAAAAAUGCAAACUAGUUGUUUUGACAUUAACAUUUUGGUUAACCCAUUGAGCCGCAAUACGCCCCAGUGUGCCCUUCUUAUUUUUUUACUUGUCUAACGCCAGACGUUUUACUCAUCAACGGGGAGGCUCCGAAGCUUAUUGAAUUAACUUUAAAUUCUGACAUUAUAGGUAAUGGGAAAACCAGUCUUACAUUUAGUGAAGUUUUCAUUUCAUGGCAACCAAAUAAUAUAAAAAACUGAAAUCAAGUUUUAUUUUCAUAUUUAAACAACAAAAAAGUCCAAUGAAAACACAAAUGUGUUGCACAAAACACUUUCGUAACUUGAGUCUUGAAAAGUUCAAAGUCAUUUCAAUGUUUGAAGUUUCAUCAUCUUGCAAAAUUUAUUACAUACAUGUUUGUCUACAAAACUUUCUAUGCUUAUAGUUGAAAGGUUUCCAGCACAAAAAUAUACCUCGUGUGAUGUGUCGUUUGUCGCCAUAAGGUCAGUAGUCACAAUUUCAGGGUCAUACAGUUUAUACCCUGAACCUUGGAUAUCUAAGACCAUCAAUCUCUUCACAGAAUACAUGUAGGUGAAAUGAACUAGGCACUGGGCUUUCUGGAAGAUCUCAUCAGAUUCUAUAUCAUCAGGUUCAAUUAUGUCUCCAUCAUUGUUAAUGUACUUAGAGAAGACACCUGGUACAUAUUCUUCAACAGUAACCGGACAUUCAUUCCAAUGGGAAUAAAACACUUUGCCAUACUGGAAAGUUUCUCCAAACUCCUCUGGUACUUUAGCAGAAAAACGUGCCGUCAAAUUCCGUGCAACAGCAUGCAUUUGCACCUGCUUUCUUGUGUGGUCUUCCACAGUCAUUUGUAGUUGUUCCUGUAUGGUGGUAAUUGCUUCAUCUCUGUAUUUCUUUAUUACCCACUCACCUACCAGGCUAGAUGAUUUAUCUGUGCAUUUGGCUCGGAAUGCAUCUCUGAAGGCACCACUGUCAAACUUGGUUUCCUCUAUUUCAACAGACAAAGUCAAGGGAGUUUUUAUCCACUCGCAUUUUUCUACAUCAAACAUUUCCAAACUGAGAGUUGUUAACUGUGGAGGUCGUACCAACUUCCCUGCCCGAAGUAAAUCCCCAAUGGAUACUGAUUUUGGAUAAACUGUUCUGGCCAAUUUGGGGCUUGGCGUUUCAGGAUGGUGGCCGUCGAUUUCUCCAAUCUUUGAUGGUGAAAUUGGCGCGGAAUUUGACCCCUGAACUCUAGACUGUUGUGACCUAUCAUGCUCGGCAGGUGGUAAAAAACGGAUAAAGUACACCUUUUUCCCCUUGAUUUGUUCCAUUUUUGUACACGAAGGUCCUCUGUCCGAGGCAAGAAUAUCACACGAUCCUGCCGGUGCGCUAUAGAAUUGUUCACAAGCAUCUUUAAUAUUCUCUAUUGACAGCUCUUCAUAAUCUGAAAAUGGAACAAAAUCUCUA